CCAUGUUAGUAGCGGUUGGCAACUGAAACGGCAAUUUGAAUAUUUCAAACGUUCUAUUAAAUAUCUAACUGUUAAUAAAAAGAGUUUUAGUUAUUCAAAAUGAUUUAAAGUCAUUAUAGGUUGUUCAGAAGUUUCUUUCAAUUUUAAUAAUAAUAAGAGAAAUUUUAUACCGAUAUAUUAUUUUAGCUUUGGAUCAUGCUUAAGAAAUUAUUUGUGUUUACGGUUGCCUGUUUCAGUUUAGUUUUAAGUUUUCGAUGUGAUCGUAGACCUUACGGUACCACCUCCCCGGCUUCUGCUUCAGAUGGCCGGUUCCAAUUGGUGGUCGAAGAAGCUGAAGACAACUAUAUCCCAGAUCAACUUUACGUAGUAAAAAUAACGGAGACAGAUGGUGAAUCUAGGUUCUCUGGUUUUAUGGUGUCAGCUGAAGGCGAUAUUAAGCCUGAUCCAAGGAAUCCCAGACGGUACAUAUCUUUGUCCCCUGGUGAAUUAAGACCUCAGAACUCUAUGACUGCAAAAUAUAGCGAACGAUGUCCAUAUUCUGUGGAACAUGCCAUGGCUUCUACAAAAUCCUUUGUGAAAGUGUAUUGGCAGGCACCGCCCCCGAACAGUGGAUGUGUAACGUUACACGCCAUGGUAUCAGAAACUCAGGAUAUCUGGUUCGACAGUGGAGCACCCUUGUCUCAGAGACUUUGUGAGGACAUGCGCCAGUCGGAUGACGUUACUCCACAGUUAAAUUACAAUUGUAACAUCUGCGAUGAGGCUAAGUAUGAGGUAUGUUUCACGGGUAUUUGGUCUCGUAAUACCCAUCCUCUUCUCUACCCUGAGAACGAUUGGCUGCCAUUCUACAGCGAUCUGAUUGGUGCAAGUCACUCCUCUGAAUACAUCCUCUGGGCGCCAGGGUCCUUUGCCUCUAGUGGGUUUAGGGAACUCGCGGAACACGCGGAUGGAAGUAAAAUGGAGGCAGAGAUUAGAGAAAAGAUUGGCGAUGGAGUGCGAACUUUGAUUAAAGGCAAGGGUCACGGGUACCGUAAAAUGGGCAAUCCCACAUAUGCUUUCUUCAGAACAGAUAGGGUGAACCACCUCUUCACGGUCGCUGUUGGUUUCCAACCUUCCCCUGAUUGGUUCCUAGGUGUCACCAGAUUCGAGUUGUGUCAACAAAAUAAUACAUGGAUGACGGAGCGGACACUUAAUUUAUAUCCUUGGGACGCUGGCACUGAUAGCGGUGUGUCCUACGAGUCACCCAACUUAGAAACAUUUCCACAAGACACGAUAUCACGAGUACAAAUGAGCACCUACGAUAAAAAAUCGCCAUUUUACGAAAUGGAUAUCAAGGACCUGAAUCCAUUUGGAAAACUUCACAUUAGGCUAAUACGAACAUAUCACAGACGAUGCAAAGAUGAUGAUGACACAAAACCCGAAGAAACUACGACAACAGAAGAGCCAACGACAACUGAGGAAAAUCCUCUAGAGCCAUACGAGCCAUCCAGGUACCGAUCCAAUGAUACUACACGCGAAGUCCCAUUAGUAACAGAUCCGGAGGCCGACCAGGACUGUCCGAUCUCUCAGUGGCAGGAGUGGAGUCCUUGUGAUGGCUCCUGUGACGGUGGUCGUCUGACCGGUUACCGCUGGAGGGAGAGGUAUCACCUCGUAGACGGCGUGGCUGUAGAGAAAUAUGACCCUAACAUAGAUCCAACGACGUUGAAGGAAGUGCCACAGUAUUGUAAGGAACAUUACGAUGAUUUCGAAAGAAAUGAGUGUGAAGAGGAGUGUUCUGAUAGCAACGACGGAAUUGAUGAUUUUAAAAGGAAGUAAAACAUUUGCAAGUAUGAGACUCUGGACAUAGUUACGUGAAGUCGAGACUCGAGAAUGAUAAUAUAUGUAAUCUACCAUAACGAAUGAAUUCCCUACUCAUUAAUAUUAAAGGCUAUAUUAUAUAUGAUAUAUGUGUAAACCAUUUUUUAAAUAAAACUCAUCCAACAAUAU